AUGCUAGGCCUAGGUCUCCAUGUGUCUGCGCAUGACUGGAGACGUCCCAAGAAGCCAGGCAGCCUCCUGAACUCCUAUAAAUACGCUCCUCCAACCCCAAGUCCAAACCAUUCCAUUCCCAAAGCUAGAGAGCACCUGAAAAGUUUGCAUUGUUGUGAGGUUGUGACGGGUAAUCUUCUAGGGAGAGAAGUUAUGCCGUCAGAUCUCUUGUGUUGUGAGGUUGUGUCGGGUAACCUUCGGGGAAGGUUAGGCCGCCAGAUCUCUUUUGUGUGUGAGGUUGUGUUGGGUAACCUUCGGGAAGGAUAUGCCAACAGAUCUCUUUUCUGUCAUGGCUAUGCCGCUAAACCUCGAGUGCAUGCUAACAUGGUGGUGCGUAAGGCCCAUAUGUUGAGUAUGACUCCGAUGUGGAAAGAUCACGGACGGCUGAGCCGCCAGAUCUUUCGAGGUUCGUGUGGGUACUCUUCCGAGGCAAGGGAAGCUCUGCCGCAGAACCGGUGGUAUGAGGCAUAG